CUCUCUCAGAUCCUUAGCCAGAGCAGAGGUGGCGGGGGCUCAGCCCACUGUUCACUACAGCUUUCUUUCCACGACCUCGUUUUGCGGACUGGAGUCACGCUGCUCAAAAGGGCUUAGCCCCGGACACUAGGGUGCCACCAGCCUGCUGAUGCCCCGAGUGUGCACAGGGCUUCCAGCUAACCAUGCCACCGCCGCCUGCAGCUGCCUUGGUGCUGCUGCUGCUACUGCUAUUGCUGAGGGUGCAGGCACGGACCGGCGCACGACCGUCCUCAGGCCCAGAGUACCUGCGGCGAGGCUGGCUGCGGCUGCUGGCGGAGGGCGAGGGCUGCACUACCUGCCGGCCGGAAGAGUGCGCCACUCCUCGGGGCUGCCUGGCUGGCCGGGUGCGUGAUGCGUGUGGCUGCUGCUGGGAAUGCGCCAACCUUGAGGGCCAGCUCUGCGACCUGGACCCCAGCGCCCACUUCUACGGGCUUUGUGGCGAGCAGCUUGAGUGCCGGCUGGACUCUGGCGGCGACCUGAGCCGCGGAGAGGUGCCGGAGCCGCUCUGCGUGUGCCGUUCGCAACGGCCUCUCUGUGGGUCGGACGGCCGCACCUACGCCCAGAUCUGCCGCCUGCAAGAGGCGGCUAGUGCUCAGCCGGGCGCCAACCUCACGGUGGCACACCCAGGGCCUUGUGAAUCCGAGCCUCAGAUCGUAAUGUACCCAUAUGACAUUUGGAAUGUGACGGGGCAGGAUGUGAUCUUUGGCUGUGAGGUGUUUGCUUACCCCAUGGCUUCCAUCGAGUGGAGGAAGGACGGUUUGGACAUUCAGCUGCCAGGGGAUGACCCCCAUAUCUCUGUGCAGUUUAGGGGUGGACCCCAGAGGUUUGAGGUGACUGGCUGGCUGCAGAUCCAGGCUGUACGUCCCAGUGAUGAGGGCACCUAUCGCUGCCUCGCCCGCAAUGCCCUGGGUCAGGUCGAGGCCCCAGCUAGCCUAACAGUGCUCACUCCAGAACAGUUGAACUCCACGGGCGUCCCCCAGCUGCCAGCCCUGCACCUGGUUCCCGGGCAGGAGGCUGAGAGUGAAGAGGGCGAGGAUUACUACUAAAUCUGGAGCCCUGGCCCCUGGGGGUGGGUGAGGGGGGUUAGUGUUCAUCCCAGCUUUUGAAAAGACCUGGAAAGGGGAGCAGGCCCCCAUGGAGUGUUUCAGUGCUCCUAGUCCAGGGGAUUGUAAAGGGAGACAAAAGUUGGAGGGAGGGUAAUGAGAGAAGCUGAGAUAGGGGCGUGGGAUGUGAAGGGGCCCAUGCAGGAGCUCCCUCACUGGGAGAGGCUCCAGAGACCAGCCAGGCAGAAGGGGAACAACAGAGGCCAGUGAUACCUAGCGGGGUGAGGGGGAGGCUCUGGAGUAGGCCCAAAGGUGCAGCUAAAGGACCCUCCACUUCCUCCAGUAGCCUUCCUCCUGGCCCUGCUCAGCCAGUUUUCCUACCUAGCUGCUCUCCUUGGCUGAACAUCCUGUGGGUGUUUUUUUUUUUUUUUUCCAAAUCUCCAAUCUUUGCUCACCCCAAUUUAUCCUCCCUCAAAACUGACCUUCUAGAAAUUUCCUGCUCCCCUAAGUCCCACUUGUCUUUACUUACCACAGUAUUUUUUUGCUACUCCCACCUGCUGUCCAGGAGAGCACAGCGGAGGAUGGCUUAGUUCAGUGCAGGAAGAUGGGUCAUGAUCUCCACGGGGCUAGCACCAUAUUUUAUACCAACCACCCUGUAUUGGACAGUGCCUGGCAUAGAACUGUGCACAGUAGAUUCUCAAUAAAGCUUUAUGAGCACA